AUGGAUCGAUUAGAGAGAGCGCGUCGUCCUGUCAGGCGGCAGUUGAAGAAGUUGUGUGAUGACAUAAACGUUGAAAGCCAAAAUACUAUUCCGGAUUUGGAUCAGAUGCGUGUGAAUGUAUUAAUGUUGGAGGAUACUCAUCGGGAAUUGCAAAUAUUGGACGAUACGAUCAAAAACCAAAUGCUUGACGACAACGUGGACGAUGAUCAACAAAAUGAAGAAUUUGAUGAUAUCGCUCAAUAUGAGAAAAUGUUUCAAACAUCAAGGCGAGUGUUUGAAGUGCUGAUAGAUGGAAAAUGCAAAGCCAUAACUGAAAAUGAGAACUUGCCAGUAUUGGGUAAUCAAAGAAAUUUUAAAUUGCCAAAAUUUAACUACAAAAAGUUUAACGGAGAAGUCAAAGAGUGGUUAGGAUUUUGGAGUCAGUUUAAAAAGAUAGACGAAGAUAUUACCAUACAUGACAGUGACAAGUUUCAAUUUUUGGUACAAUUGAUGGUAGAUGGGUCCCGUGCCCAUGAAUUAGUGUGUAGCUAUCCGCAGACUGUAGAGAAUUAUCCCAAAGCCGUAAAAGCGUUGAAAGAGAGGUUUGGGAGAGAAGAAUUCUUGGUUGAACUUUAUGUGCGUGAAAUGCUAAAAUUAAUUAUUCACAAUGUCAGUCAAACUGAAAAACAGGGUGAUUUGUCAAAACUUUAUGACCAGUUGGAAAGUCAUUUGCGUGCAUUGGAGUCGUUAAAAGUAACUUCAGACAAGUAUGACGCAAUGCUGUAUCCGAUGGUGGAGUCCUGUCUGCCCGCUAAUAUAUUACAAGCAUGGCAAAGAAGUGCGGAGGGGAAGGAUGCUGACAAAACCACAAAUAAGUUGAAUAAAUUGAUGCAGUUCUUACGUAUGGAAGUUGAAGGUGAACAGCGAAUUUCCUUAGCUCAAGAAGGUUUCGGUUUGACUUCAAAUCUUUCGAAUAAAGUCAAAAAUGCAAUCCAGAAAAAAGUUGAGAAAAUUCCUACGGCAAUGGAAUUGCACUCUGGAAAUGUUAAAAGCUCUUGUGGAUUUUGUGAAAAGAGUCACGAUACUCAAGAUUGUUUCAUCGCACAAGGGUGGUCACUAGAAGACAGAAAACAGAAGCUUAAAGAGACAAAACGUUGUUUUACUUGCCUACGAUUUGGUCAUAGAUCAAAAUCUUGUAAAUAUCGAGUGAAGUGUAUCGUAUGUAGUAAGAGACAUUAUGUAAUUUUAUGUCCUGUUCUCCAGAAGAGGGAUACAACAUCAGAAAGUAGAAAGUGCAAUGAAGGUGAUAAGGAUUCAGAAAAUUUGUCUACGAGUAUGGCGAGUCGUGUAUGCAGUGGGGAUGUAAUUCUACAAACACUUCGUGUGAAAGUACUUGGAAAAAAUACAUCUAAGGAAGUGCGUGCAUUUAUCGACCCUGGAGCGCAAUUCUCCUAUAUUCUGAAAAGUUUGGCGUUAGAAUUAGGGUACCGUAAAAUUGCAGAAUCAACGUUUUCCCAUAAUUUGUUUGGAGGUGCAUCUAUAGUUUCUAAAACGCACAAAAAGUAUAAACUUUACUUGGAAAGUUUGAGCCGAAUUCAGAGUCCUUCCUAA